AUGAGCCCCGCUUCUGUGCCAUACGAACCGGUCCAGUACCACUGGUUCUACAACCAGCCAGUGGGCUCCAAAGAUGCCUGGCUUCCCUUCAGUAAAGAGGACUCCCAAAGACUGGAAGAAGCUCACAAGUUAGCUGACGGGAGCGGACAGGAGGAGGAGGAGGAGGAGGUGGUGGUGGCGACAGAGGGGAGACGCUAUGACGUUAAGCUGAGAGAGAGGAGGCGCUGUGCGGCGUACUGGGGGCAGGCUGUAUCUGAAGUGAGACGCUGCUCCUGGUUCCACAAAACCAGCAAGGAGCUGAACUACACGCCGUUCUCUGAGCAGAUCAGCGCUAUCCUGGAGGAGGCCUACAUGGUGUCAGUCACUUUGAAUGAAUGGAAAACCAGGGUAGAGCUUCCCACAGGAGACACAGUCAUCUUUCACGGUCCAAAGCUCAUCACACAGCAUCCGUCGACGUCCACGGACAGAGAGGUGCCAUCCCCCUCAGAGUACACUCAGCCCCGCUCCGUGAAGAGAGGCCUAGAGAACAUUCCGGUCAGCCUUCCGGAAGGAGAGCCAGACAUGGUAGACCACUUGGUGUUUAUGGUCCACGGCAUUGGUCCAGCCUGUGACCUCUACCUUCGUAGCAUCGUCCAGUGUGUAAAUGAUUUCAGGAGUGUGGCUCAGGGAUUGCUGAGCAGUCAUAUUAAACAGGCCCAGGGUGCAGGCAGCGUGGGCCGUGUUGAAUUCCUGCCGGUUAACUGGCACUCCGUCCUGCACAGCGACACCACAGGGGUCGACAGUGAUAUAGAGAAGAUCACCCUCCCCAGCAUCAGCCGCCUGCGGCAGUUUGCCAACGACACGGUCCUGGACCUGUUCUUUUAUAACAGCCCCACCUACUGCCAGACCAUCGUGGACACAGUCGCCUCGGAGAUCAAUCGUCUGCACGCCCUCUUCCUCCGCAGACACCCAGAAUUCACCGGGGCGGUGUCGGUGGCCGGCCACAGCCUGGGGUCUCUGAUCCUUUUUGACAUCCUGACCAAUCAGAAGACAGAUUCUGAAGACAUAGAGGACCAGGCAGAAAUGACUGGUCAGGAAGAUCCAGCAGUCUCCUCCUGCGAGAGUCUGGAGGAGGUGUUGAGGAAUAUGGGCUUAGAGGAGCACCUCACAGUACUGCAGAAGGAGCAGCUGGACAUGGAGUCUCUGGCGCUGUGCACGGAGGCUGAUUUAAAGGAGUUGGGAAUGCCGCUGGGUCCUCGUAAGAAGAUUAUACACCUGGUGAAGAAAUGGAAGGUGUGACACGUUGGUGCAGACUCCAGAGGAGGUGAGGAGGGUCAGGCGUGCCAGGACACGAGCGUCGUGCAGGAGGGUCCGACCACCGCUCUGGUCGACUAUCAGCACUUCAACGUUGGAAUUGGGCAGGUGUCGGUAAACUACCCUCAGCUGGCCUUUCAGCCCCAGGCCUUUUUCGCCCUGGGCUCGCCCAUCGGAAUGUUCCUCACGGUUCGGGGCCUGAAGAGAAUCGAUCCUAAUUACAGCCUCCCCACCUGCAAGAGCUUCUACAACAUCUUCCACCCGUUCGACCCCGUGGCGUACAGGAUCGAGCCCAUGAUUUUACCUGAGGGGGUGGAGCUCCAGCCCAUGCUGAUCCCGCAUCACAUGGGCAGGAAGAGAAUGCAUUUGGAGCUGAGAGAGGGUUUGACCCGAGUCAGUUCGGACCUGCUGGGCUCCCUGCGGACGGUUUGGCAGGCCCUCGCCCAGGUGCCCUCUCCAGCACUGCCCAUGGUGACCCCCUCUCAGGACUCUGAAGUCUCAUCCGUAGGGGGACCAGAGAGAAGCGAUGUUAAGGUGGGAAUGCUGAAUGCUGGCCGGCGUAUUGAUUACGUCCUGCAAGAGAAACCGAUCGAGAGUUUUAACGAGUACCUGUUUGCCAUCCAGAGCCAUCUCUGCUACUGGGAGUCAGAAGACACUGCCCUGCUGCUUCUGAAGGAAAUCUAUGAAACUCAGAGGAGACCACUUAAAACGAGCCAGAAAUCAACAUGA